UCCCAUUCCGUCUCUCCGUCUCUCUCUCUUUUCGGAAUCGGCGAGGGGUCAGGAGAGGAGAGGGAACGAACCCUCUUUUACCACCUGACGGCGACGAGGAUGGUUGCACCAACGCCGACAAUGAUGAUGACGACGACGAAGAAAAAGGUCAAAGAAGGAUACGACGACGACUGGGAAGAACGCCGGCGACGUCGAAACGAGAAGGAGUCCGACGGUAAAUCCGACGGAUUGUGACUUUGUGGAGGUGAGGGUGGAAUAGAAG